GGAAGUCGGAGAAGAUAGUCGUAUCUUCUCUUUCAUGUUUAGUGAACCUACUUUGGAAAAAUGUUGCAUAACUUCUUCGUUAUUAUCUUAGGAGUAUUUAUUGCUUCAGGUGCGAGUGUAUGUCCGGACGGUUACUGCCGCCACUCGGACGGCUGCUUCAGAACCGUUGGCCUUAACGUCACUUGGAUUGACGCCAAGUCGUACUGCACCGUGCUAGGGGGCGUUCUUUUGUCUCCAACAUCGAGUGCAAGUCAGGCAACGGCAGAGGGCGCUCUCAGGAGGUCAAAAGAUGCGAUUCAUCCUGGCAAGUACUGGCUUGACAUCACCGACCUCCUGAAUCCGAGUGAAUGGAAAACAAUGAGCGACACACAAGCGCUUGUUUACAACAACUGGGCUUCCAGCAGCCACACAAAUGAGGACAACACCAAGAACUGCGUCUACAUGUCGCUGGAAAAUGACUUCAAAUGGGCGAUUGCAUCAUGUUCUGAGAAAAUGAACUUUGUCUGCUUCCAUGCAGGGCUACCCCCGACUACCGAGAGGGUGUUUGUCCGCAGCACUCGCGUCUACAGGAAUAACCGAAGGAAAUGGGAAUCUGUAUAUGAAACCAAGGUGUUAGACGAUAGUGACGUAGACUGCUGAACAUAAUAUUCCAUUUAUGAACUUCUUUUUUUCAUUCAUUCUUAUAAGUGUGUAAUAUCUAGAGUUCGCCUUAAUUCGAUGUUGUUUGCUAUGUUGUCAUUGUUUUCGCAUACGCUCUUUAAAAUCUGUUUUGUGUUGGUUAUUUUCGUUGUUGUUGAUGUUAACCAGCUUUUCAACGAACAUGGGUUAUAAUAAUGAGGAUUUCGUUUUGGGACGACUGUCAAACUGGUGUUUAUUUCCGCUCAAUAACUAUAGGAAUCAUCAUCAUGUAGACGUACUUUGUGGUGACAUAUUUAGUGUUUAUGGGGUCAAUGCCAACUGCUAAAAAUCGAGCAAUCGGUUUUCGCUAUGAUGUAAUGUAUGGUGAUGCACUUUUUUUUAACAAGCUCAUGCGACUUACUUUGUGUGAAUGUGUUUGUUUUUAGGGCCAUGGUUCAUGGCUGACACUAAAAUAUACUGAGAACAAACGGCUUCCUCGCUACCUUCAGUGUAUACUUUUGAACGCGGUGUGUUGCAUGUACAUAUUUCCCUUUAGAUUAAAUUUGGAUCUGUGGGAACAAGGUCAAA